AUGGCCCGCGGCAGGAGGUACGAGGCCACCAUUCCCAUGCUGAAUGCACUACGCUCGAGCCACGCCUCGGCACGUGGCGAAAGCGCCUACAGCGAGACCAUUUAUGCCCUCCGCGUCGUCCUCAAGGGCCUAGACUGCCAUGACGGUAUUGGCGCUAUUGCUGCUGUCUUCUGGUUUAUCUUCCGGGUCUCAGGUAGCUUCCUCGAAGCGACCGCAUGUAGCGCCGCUGUUGCGGCGGAUAGUCAAAGACAGGACAUGGAGAAUCGUGGACAGCGAAAUGAGAUGCGAUAA